CUUAGUUUAACUUUUUGUCUUUUAAUCUAUAAUUUACACCAGGCUCUCCCAGUUUAAGCAUCAAGUCCUCUCUGAUUUGACAAUUCAUUGUCAAAUCAAGAUAUUAUUACAAUUACAAUCCCUAAUUCAUAUUUUAAAAUAAAAUGUAGUUUUCAAACAGCUUUUGAAUUGCUCUGUCACUGUAAUAGACAACCUUAAGGCAGCUUAACUCUUCAAACUCAAGCCUCAACUACAGUUUAAGUUUGCAUCCAGGGGAGAGCUGUGUGUUUUGGUUUAACGUGAACGUGUAAUUUUAAUAUGCAAAUAUGAGGCCAUCCUCUUAAAAUUGUUAAUUAAUGUGUCAAUGUAUAUGUGUGUGUGUGUGUGUGUGUGUGCACAGUUGGCAUAUUCAGUAAUGUAGUAACACACUGUAUUUUCUGGCUUCAGCAAUACUAUCUUGUUAUUUAUGUGUCUCUGUAGUCAAAUAUUUGUGAUGUCUCAUUUAUUUUAAUUUUUCUAACAACUGUCAAGUGUCUCCUGUGUUGGUCAGUUUAGAGACAUGCAGACGUCGAUGCACUGUGCCAAUGUAUUUAUGUCAGUCAGUAUUAUUUAGAGGAAUUCAUAUUUUUGUAAAAUAGUGUCACACCUAGUAGUAUCAGAAAAAUAGUUUUAUUUUGUUACAUAGAUGUAAUUGUGUUGUUUUAGAGAUUAAAUCGAGCUGCUUGUGAGAAUGUUUUAGAUGUUGUCAACAUGUGAAAUUCAUUGAAAACAAAACCAUUAAAAAAAAACGUCACGCAGCCUGUCGUGAAUGCAUUUUAUAUCCCCCUCUUCUUUCUCCCAACACAACAUGAACAUUUGGCAAGAUGGCUAACAACACAAGCAGGUACAUGGAUGCUUAAAAAGUAACCACGUGACUUUGGAGGAGAAAACAGCCCUCGAGAGCAAAGCAAGGCUAUUAAAAUCAAUUGAAGCUUUAUUUUGUCAUAAUUUGUGUAUAUUAUAUAUGCCAGAGGUGUGGGUGAUUUAUACCAAUCAUAUUUUAACACAAUAUCUUUAGUUUCUCUUACGUUCGAAUUCUGGAUGGAAAAACUCACAUUCAUACGGCUAUGAAAUUUUAAAUGCAAGGCUAGGAUGGAACUGGUCAUUCAUGAAAUUACUUGCACAACUCUUCAGUUUUUGUUGGAAGUGGAAGGUGCUGUAACAACCAUCUGGUCAUUAGAAUCAACCGUGGUUUCCUCCUAAACAUUUCCUAAAUGAUUUCUUGACAGCAGCCUUCAACUUUCCUGACACAGUUUCAAGCGGCAGUGUGAGGGGGCCUGGAACAGUUUUCCUUGGAAUUUGCUGGGCAAAAUUCACAUAGUGAAAUGUGAAUCCGAGCCUCCAAACAGCUCACAGAUGACCAAACACACCCAGCUCUUAGACUCCAGAAUCACAUUUUGUUGCACAGCUGACAGUUAAAUGACCCUUUGAACCUUUUGAACCCUUAAAAGCGGGAAAACUCCUGUCAGCUUAUAAAAACACCUGACUCCUGCUUGAGUGAAGCACAACUGGAGAUGGAAUAAUUUGAGGCAUCAUCCAAACUGACCACUGCAUAUUGUGACUUGACUUGAAGCUGUCUCUUAUCCAGCGCCACUGAGGCGACAGUGAACGGGUCGGCCUGUGGGGGGCGCUGCAGUCAGCCCCUUCCUCUCCUCUCUGAGGGAAUGUAACACAGAAUUCCUGUGUGGAACAAAAGGACCUGUUAACCAGACAGCCACAUGGGGAAGCGCCACAGAGGGGUUAUUGUGCAGGAGUGAAAACUCUCCUCAUUGUUUUAUUCUCCCCCCUGAAUGCUGACACUAAUUGCCCAACACUGUCACAACACACUGCGGUGGAGAGCUACUGCUGAAUGUGCAAGACACAGUGUCAGAAAUCUGUCAGGAAACACUGUCGAAUGUGUGCUGCGUUUUCAAAUUAAACGCUGUUUCCAGACCCAUACAGUCACAUGGGUGUCUCUGAGUUUACAAAAGUGCUGCAAAAGGCCGAAAUGUGGCCCUGAAGAGUGCACUUUUGUUUUGUUUUUUCUGUCCGGCUCCUGGACAGAGCCGCUGUCUUUUUCGCAAGGGAAAGGGCUAUAAUUACACUUAGUUUGUCCGCAGUAUCUGCCCGCUCCUAUCAAAAAAAGAAAAAGCUUUUCCUCUCAGUCCCCGAGGGGGCUAUGACAGCCCCUAUACCCCUAGUCCCGCCCCUCUGCCCUAUCUCAGGCAUUAACAUGCAAAAAACAACAUAAGUCACGGAAACCCAAAUCAUGCCAAAAUAAGGAAUCCACAAACAGUUUUUUUAAUAGGAAUUAAGCGGGGAUCACGCGUCGGGCCCGUGCAGGCGCGCUAACCUGGCGUUAGGCAGAGGUUUGGUGAUAUAUCAGGGGGGCAACAAUGGAGAAGUUGUGUUUGUGAACAGGUUUUGGUCAAAAACCUUCGUUUUUCCUCCCCGCACGGAUGCGGUUUCGGGAAUCGACAACAUUGAUUGUUUUCAUGAUUUUUCAUGCCGUCAUGCUGCGAGGAGAAAGAAACCACAACUCCAGAGGGUGCCUGGACCUGUGAUAUCCGUGGAGUUAAGAUGUGCGUGUGAAAAUCUUCACAAAAGAAAGACAUGAACAAUGGCAGAAAGAGAGAGGAAGAAUGCGGCUGUGUAUCGCAGCGUCUCUUUCAAAAAGCUGGGGUCCUGGAGCGCCAACAGGAGUGAAGACCAACAACACGAAUCAGAGGAUUUGGAGGCAGCUGGCGUCGCCCUUCCCCCGGAGCCCAGCAGAGCAGAACAGCCCUUGGCGACGCGUAAUGUCAGUGUGUCAAGAAAAGUUUCCAAAAUCUCUGCCACCGCCACCGCCGGCCUCCCAACCGCAGAUUCAAAGAGAGGCUCCUCCACUCCUCUCUCGUCUAUUUCUCCAUCCAUCCGCCAGCUCACUGAGAAGUUUAGCAGCGGCGGCGGCGCGGCUGGGACGCACAGAGUCUCACCGGGAGACGGAGCAGCGGUGACGCGGGGGAGCAGCACUCUUCCCCGGGCCAGGGGCUCCAGGAGAGACGGGUCUCCGCUCCGUAAAUCUCUCCACGAGGACAGCGGCGGUGUUGGAUAUUUUCAGGACUGUGAUACUACUGCUGCGGAGUCUCAGACAGACAACAAACUUCAGAAGUUUCACUCUGGCACUGACUCCGUGUCAGGCUCGGACUCGGAGAAGAGAAGAGAGAAGAGGAUUUUUGCACGUUUAUCAGCCGCCGACAGCAGCGGCGGCAGCUCUGGUAAGAGAGAUUAUUCACAGAUCAAUGCAUGUCCCUCUGACCCCAGGAAGACUGUGACUACAGAUGAGGAGGAGGAUGUUACAAGUAGAUGGGUCCCUCCACCCUGUAAAUCUCACAGAAGUUAUCUCUCCACACACAGCAGUCCCUUUAGCCCCCUGCACUCUGACAAGUGGCCCAGUGUCACCAAAAUUAGACAGCUUUUUGAUGAGAGGCAAAGCAAAGCUAGGGAGGAGCACAGGACUGACACCUGUGAGGAUUUAAAAGUGGCCUGGGGAGCCCAUCAGCAGGAGCUCAGCCCCAACGAGACUGCUCCUCUCUUGGAUAGAAGCGACAGGCUUUCACCUUGCAGCUCUGCUAAUGAAGUGAGAGCACCAGGCAGAGGAGGCAGUGCUGCUAAUGAGACUCUUUGUCACGGUAUGGACUUUUAUUCCAAAGCUGACCAACAGCAGUACUCUAAUGAUGAGGAGGCAGACGUAGAGACGCGUAGCUCUAACAACAACAACAACAACAAGGUUCCUGGCAGAAGUACUUUUCAAAAACGCAUCGAUAGUAGUCGCGGUUGCACAGGGAUUAACCCAUCUCUGUACAGAUCUCACAGAUCCAGCACUGACACAGAGGUGAUCCAUAAGACCCCCAGGACAACAGGGUUGACAUCUGACCCCAGCUCUGACCUUCAACCCCCUGCUACUUCGUCUUGGAGUCGAUCGGAGAGCUUAGACACCUCCUCCUGCUCCUCCUCUCUCCCGCAGUCGACAGUGAGGGAGAGAAGGGAUAGACAGGGGGUCGGGCUGCCCAGGGAUAGUUUACAUUCCUCACAUAGCUCCUCCAGAGGGCCAGCCCCCACCACCUCCUCCCCCUCAUCUGCUCCAGCUCCAGAUAAAGCCAUUACCUCCUCCUCCUCUACUGUAGCUCCCUCCACUGAGCUAAGAGCCCCAGUAAGAGUUGCCUCUUCCCUUAGCUCCCACUGGAGGUUCAGCUCUGGGGACGAAGAGGAGGAGCACACCAGGAGAAGAAGAGGAGGUGGAGGAGGAGGGGGUUGGAGUGUUCCUUCCGGCCCUGCUCCUUCCAGAGCAGGAGAAAGGGGGACCCCAGAGCGAGGAAGCAGCUAUUUAUCCCGCAAUAAAUAUGGCUGGUGGGGUGUUAAGGGCAUUGGCAGGUCUUCAGGCAGUGAGGAGGACAGCCCCGGUUCUUUAGGACCCCACAGUCGAGAGGCAGUUCGCCGCCGUUCGCUGAGAAAGAAGAAGAAGGCCAGCGGAGCUGCUCUCGCAACAGGCCGUGAUGAUUACGACGAUCAUGAUGGCGAAUCAGAAGACAGUGACAGUGACACAGCCUUGACAAUGGAGCACUUAGAGAGGCACCACCAGCAAAACACCAGAGGAGAAUGUACGGGAUCGAUAUCUCGGAGCCACUCGGCAAGAGAACCCAGCAGUCGUAGUAACAGAGCCAGGGUGCAGCAAUGGGAGCGCAUCACCUCGUCUGUGACAUCCACAACACUUCCUGGUGUGUCACGAGUGUCAAAGGUCAAUAUCCCCCCAUUUGUUUCCAGUCCUGGAGGUUCGCGUUGCAGCAGCCGGUACUCCAGCACGGAGACGCUGAAGGAGGAGGACCAGGCUGGUGGCGCCAAACAUGCAGCAAAUAUUAGAACUGCAUCCUCAUCUGUGCUGAGUAAAACUUACCAUGGGAAUUUCACCAUGUACCGCUCCCCAAGCUUUGGCCAUGGGGAUAACGUCUCCCGAACACCUUUGCGGGUGCGCCCCAAGAUUGCACCUACAGUCACCCCCUUACCUAGUGUACUGGCCAGAGAAGGAGGGGUAUCCCCAGGCAUUAGGGGUGGUGAGACUAUUGCAAAGAGCACAACAGGUGGGGUAGAUGAUAAUGAUAAAAGCCGAAUAUCCAUGUCCAACCCCGAUAUCACCUCAGAAACAAUGUCGCUCUUGAGUUUUCUGAAAUCUGACCUGUCAGAGCUCAAGGUGCGGAAAACAAGUGGAGACAAAUCAGGUGUUGUGGAGGGUUCAUCGGUGUACAGAAUGGGCUCACGGACUCACGGCGGGACCCUUCUACCUUCGGGUCGCCGCCCAUCACUGAAAGACCUGACCGCCACUCUGAGACGUGCAAAGUCCUUCACUUACUCAGACAAACCCACCACAGCCGUAAGGUGCUACUUGACAGGUGGCACCACAAAGAGAAGCUCCUCUGAGCAGCAGCUUGACCUAGACGGAGAAAGGGAUGGAGGGAGGUUGUCCGUGUCAGAUAGGGAAGUAGAAAGUGAUUGUGGUGAUUUUAGAGUGGCUAGAGGACAAAGAAUGAGGGAUUAUGGAUUUGAUGAUGAUGACAAUGAUGAUUUAGAAGUUAUUCGUCCAUUGCAGGAGAGGUAUGUGCAGGAAGCCAGGCAGGUCAUUCGAGAUAUCUGCCAGAUGAGUACUAGGGAAGACGACGAUGAUGAUGAUGUAGAUCUAAGGAAGACUGAUAAUGAUUUGGAGGAUGAAUGUUUUCAGGCCAAGAAAACAAACGAGGAGAGAGAGAAAGCUGGAGUGAGCGUUAAGGAUGAGGCAAGGACAGAUCAAGAGGCUGAGUUUAGAAACACAAAAGACGGGGAUAAACAUGAGAGGGAGAGAGAGAACAGGGAGAGGGAGACGAGUGAGAGGGAUGGACAAAGUAUGCAGCUGGAGAAGCUAAACAGCAGCAGCACAGAGUACGGGGAGAAGGCAAGGAGACAGAGCAGAGAGACGGAGAGAGCCUUACUGAAGGGUGACUCUGAGGAAAGCAUGUUCUACGAUCGCUCUGUGGAUGAACUUUCAGGCCACGAGUCUAGUUUAACAGAUGAAGGGAUUGUAACAGAGCCAGAGAUGGGCCCCAGUGACCCCUCCGAGAGGUCAUUCUUUGGGUCUGCAGGGGUUAAUUUAGGGUCACGAAUUGCUAGGGAUGUGCUAGGGCAGCCUGUCACCGUAUGGAAGCAAUCGGCUCUCCAUGAGGCAGAAGGCUUUAAGCAGGAUAGGGUAGAGAUGACGGAGAAUUGUACUUACCGUCUGAAUGAAGUUGGCAUACCUCCCUCCUUGCCUCUUCCUGCCCGUAUGGCUGAGAGUGACAGUAUCAUCAUGGAGAUGAGGACCACUGCUGGUUUCAACAAUGUCAACGCAACCGGUGAGGAGAUCAACACCAACAGUGCUGUGUCGCAGAGGUCAGCAGGCACUGCAGGAGGAGGAGGACUUGAAACCCCUGCGACCCCAAGUGCUAUUCGUCGUAGGCGCAAGUUCUCCCCUUCUGGUAACAACAACACGGGCUCUGAUUCCAGUAAUGGCAGUAAUGCAGAGUCAACAAUAGCAGCUGUUGGAAAUGGGGAGUCCACAGUCUACCGCUCUCUCAGUGACCCAAUGCCGCAGAGACGCUGUUCUGUGACAGAGGAAGGGAAUAACAAUUUUUCCUCUGUGGAUAGUAACCUGUUAGGAUCUCUAUCAGUCAAAGGAGGAGGAGGAGGGGGAGUUGCAGAGAGCACCUCUGUAACCAACAUGUCAGAAGACAAAGGCAGCGUGGCCAGUGACCUGUCAGUGUACAGUGACAGCGGGCUUCGUGAUGAUGGCGUUCAAGAUUACAGUGGGGUGAUCAGGAGCAUCAUAGCUGAGCCAGGUGCACUGGACAGACUGAUGGCAGAGGACCAUGGCAAUGGCAAAGCUCCUAAGAAGAAGUCAUUCAGUGACCCCAGUCGCCGUAGCGAUGCCCCUUUACUUUCCCAGAAUGACCCUCAUUUCAAAGGCCAGACUGGCAGCACUCAGCCAAUUAUUGAACUGGAUCAACCUGGCCAGAUCCCACCUUCCAGCAGUGAGCCAAUCCUGAGUGAGCAGAGAGAGGAACUGUGGGAGCCAGAAGUUAAGCCCAAACAUGUAUUGCAGACACAGUCGCAUCACCACGCAAACAGCACAGUCAAGAAGAUUCGUUCCCAGUCAGAAUGUACCCCUCACUCUGAUACCCACGAUGAUGAAGAUGAUGAUGUAAUAGACCAUGGUGUAGAAGAGAAGGAGAUACAGAAGUUGAACUUUGACCUAAAGCUAGCUGGGGUUCUGUCCCCUAGAAUGAUUCGUCGACCUUGCAGAAAGCGUCCAAACCGACUUGCUCAGUUCUUCACUCAUGAGGACCCAUUUGAGCCCCAAGAACUGUGUCCAGAGGACAACCAAACUGAUCUCACUUCUCCACUCCCUCCUUCCCCACUGCAGUCCAAACCCAAAACCAGAGCGAAGCAUGUCCGCCAUGCCAGCGAGCCUGCCACCUUUAUCCCCAUCUCCCCACCUCCCCACCUCCAGCCACUGAAGGAAGCCGACUGCCUCACAGUCCAACCCACUGCGGAGCCUCCAACCUUAAGUAAGCCUCCAGGAGAUGAGGCCCCUUCUCUGGAGGAUGUAACCCAGAAAUAUAUUCUGGAACUGGGCACUGCUGAGGGCUCGGGGCCUCUUCCAGCAGCCAGGGAUGGAGCAUCAGUGUCUGCUUCAGAGGGGCCCAGCGAGACCUGCACCAGUGGAAUUACAGAAGCUGGACCACAGAAGAAGAGCACAGAGGACAGUGCAUCCACGGCUCCCCCUCAGAGGACAAAGCCCAGAGUGGACAUGAGGAAACAUGUGAUGAUGACCCUCCUGGACACGGAGCAGUCAUAUGUAGAGUCACUGCGCUCUCUUAUUCAGGACUACAUGCGUCCUCUCAAACAGCCUGACAGCGGAUCCAUAGUGGACCCUCUGCUGGUGGACGAGAUGUUUUACCAGAUCCCGGAUAUCCUGGAGCACCACGAGCACUUCCUGGAGCAAGUCGCCGGCUGCGUCGGCCAGUGGCACGACAGGCAGACCAUCGGACACAUCCUCAUCCAAUCAUUCUCCAAAGAGACUCUAGCUAAUAUGUAUUCGGCGUACAUCGACAACUUUCUCAACGCCAAAGAUGCAGUGAGGAUUGCCAAGGAGGCCAAGCCGGCGUUUCACAAGUUUCUGGAGCAAAACAUGCGUGAGAACAAGGAGAAACAGGCUCUGGGCGACCUGAUGAUUAAACCAGUCCAGAGGAUUCCUCGAUAUGAGCUGCUGGUUAAGGACCUGCUCAAGCACACCCCGGAGGAUCACCCGGACCACGCGUACUUACUGGACGCCCAGAGGGACAUCAAGCGACUGGCCGAGAAGAUCAAUAAGGGCCGCCGCUCGGCCGAGGAGGCAGAGAGGGAGGCCAGGGUCAUCCAGGAGAUCGAGGCGCACAUAGAGGGGGUCGAACAUAUCCUGAACCCACAGAGGAAGUUUUUGAGACAGGAAAUGGUCAUGGAGGCGAAGACAGUGGGCGGGAAGAAGGACCGCUCGCUCUUCCUCUUCAGCGAUCUGAUCAUCUGCACCACUCUCAAGAGGAAGUCUGGCUCAUUAAGACGCAGCUCCAUGAGCCUAUACUCCGCUGCGAGUGUGAUCGACACGUCCAGUAAAUACAAGUUCCUGUGGAAGCUUCCUCUAGAGGAGGUGGAGGUGGUGAAAAGCUCCACUCAGGCAACAAACAAGGAGAGCAUCCAGAAAAUGAUCAGCCGAUUAGACGAGGAUCUCAGUACUCUGGGUCAGAUCAGCAAACUGUCCGAGACCCUCAGCUUCCCACACCAGUCCCUCGACGAGGUAAUAAAGGACCUGAUGGCGUCGGUGCACAGGGAGCUGUCAGAGAAGCAGUCUCUGGCCUUCAGCAUGACCUUCCUCCCCACGAAGCUGGAGUUCACCACGGCUUCUGCCGAGAGCAGCUUCGUCUUCGAGUUCACCUCGCCCGACAUUCGGUCCAACUUUGAGCAGGCCUUUGAAGAAGCCAAGAAGAAGCUCGCCAUGAAUAAGGACCAGUGGGACCCAGAGUUUCUUAAGGCCAUCCCUAUAAUGAAGACACGCAGUGGAAUGCAGUUUUCGUGUGCGUCUCCAAGCCACAGCUGUCCCGACAGCGGCUGUGAGGUGUGGGUGUGUAACAGCGAUGGAUACGUGGGACAGGUGUGUCUGUUGAACAUCAAAGACGAGCCCACCGUGGAGGCCUGCAUCGCCGUCUGCUCGGCGAGGAUCAUAUGUAUCGCCGCGGUGCCGGGACUCAAGGGAAGGGAGCGUGGAUCAGAGCCCACCAUCGUCCCCAUCUCUGGAGCACAGAGUCACACCCAGCAGCAGCUCCACAUAUCUAUUUCCCAUUCAUCUCUGGAGCUGACGGAGCAGCCUACAGGACCAGGGGCGGAGCUUGUUCCAUUUGACAGUGAUGACACUGAUGAUGAGGAUUCACCCAGCCCUUCAUCCACUCUACAGAGCCAGGCCAGCCACUCCACCAUAUCAUCCAGCUACGGCAAUGACGAGGCUCCAGGUUCCAAGGACAUGGCUACGGAGACCACCAGCAGUGAGGAGGAGCAGGAGUUCCCAGUGGCGAGCUCCUACGGUGCUCCGGGGAUGUUGGGGGUAGGCGGAGGAGGCCGCGGCCAAACGGAGAGCCCCAUGGACGGCCGCGCCAUGCGCCGCUCGUCCCGGGGCUCGUUUACCAGGGCGAGUCUGGAGGACCUGCUCAGUAUAGACCCAGAGGCCUACCAGAGCUCAGUGUGGCUGGGGACAGAGGAUGGAUGUAUCCACGUGUACCAGUCGUCGGACAACAUCCGAAACCGUAAAAACAGCAUGAAGAUGCAACACUCGGCUUCCAUCCUCUGUGUGCUAUAUUUGGACAACAAAGUGUUUGUGUCAUUGGCCAAUGGAGAGGUGAUAGUCUACCAGAGAGAAGCAGGUAGCUUCUGGGACCCUCAGUCCUCCCAGACGUUAGUUCUUGGCACGCCCAGCAGCCCUGUCACCAAGAUGGUUCCUGUGGGAGGAAAGCUGUGGUGUGGCUCACAGAACAGAGUCCUCAUCAUCAACACAACUACACUGGUACAAGAGCACUGGUUCCAGGUGGGCACAGACAGCAGUCGGUGCGUGACCUGCAUGGUGGCGUACGGGCAGGGCGUGUGGUUGGCGCUGCAGGGCAGUGCGCAGGUCAGACUGUAUCAUGCUCAGAGCUGGGAGAGCCUGACGGAGGUGGACGUGGCGCCAGCUGUGCACAAGAUGCUUGCAGGUGCAGAUGCAAUCAUCAGACAGCACAAGGCCGCCUGUCUGAGAAUCACCGCGUUGUUGGCCUGCAAGGAUCUGCUGUGGAUCGGCACCAGCGCAGGGGUGGUUCUCACGCUGACAAUCCCAGCGGUGAGCUCAGGAACCGGGCCCGGCACACUGAAAACUCCCCUGGCGCCGAUGGGCUCGGCUCACGGACACACGGGCCACGUUCGCUUCCUGACAUCGAUCGAACUGCCUGAAGGGUUCGACAUGAACUUCCCUCCUGCAACAACUGACUCCACAGGCAACCAAUCCCAGAGCGGGAGCGCAGUCGACGGCAAUCUCCAAAGGCGUGACUCCUCGCGGCGUCGAGCUUCUGCCCACAUCCCUCCUAAAACCAAUCACCUUGUCAUUUCUGGCGGCGAUGGCUACGAGGACUUCAGACUGACCAAUAGCAGUGAGACAGUGGGGCGGGACGACAGCACCAACCACCUUUUGCUUUGGAGGGUCUGAGACCUCAAGCGGCGCACAAGCUCUUGACUCUUCACUUUUUGGUGUUGUUUGUUUUGGUCUUCUGCUCAGUCCACUGGUCUCUAUGUGCAUAAUAUGGCUGUCGGCUCCCUCCUGGACUAACUAAUGAAUAUGAUCACUUCAAGCCCAGUUUUCUUGUGUUAAUGUUUCUGAUGGUGUGCGUUGUACCUCACUGAGUGGUGUCCGUGCGUGUGUAUUUUUCCGUUUUGUGGGCAUCUGCAAAUGUCGUCCAGCGAAAGCAUCUUUAAACUGAAGGACAUGGAUAAGGGAAAGAUGAGACUUUGGAUGGAUGUGCGUUUAGACCGAGGACAAAUGAAGAAGACAGAGGAGGACUCGGACUCUGUGAAAAAUGUCAUUGCACAGGAGUGUGAACUGAGACAUAAGUGAAGCAUGUACUCGUCCUUUGACAUUUUCUGUUUUUUUUUUUUGUUUUUUUUUGUUUUUUUUUAAUGGACUUGGACAUCAAAUCCCUUUACUCCAUCGUCACUUCAUCUUAGCCUGAACUGCAGACAAAAUGGCUCCUGAUGAUCAGAGGUAAAUGUCCUAUAAAAACAUGAAAACCUGAGGGUUUUGAUGCAAAACAGACUGUGACAGACCGUAGUUUGAUGGAAAUCCGGAAUUUGGGCUGACUUCUGCACCUAGAGUUCAAACUACUCCCAGAUCAUUGCUUAUAGAUCACCCGUUCUUCUGUAAAGGGAGAAGAUAAGAGCAUGAUCGAAGUGCAAAUGUUUUAAGGUUAUAUCACAAGACCACAAGCACAGUCAUAGUAAUUAGUGCACAGCCCUCACCCACUGUAUCUGAAGACAUUUUGUGGAAAAAAAAAACAUUUAAGUGUGUUACCCAUGGAUAAUCACAUUGCAUCUGAUGUUGUUAUUUAGGUUUUGCUGCCAGUUUAAGAUGACAUGGACAUAGAUGAUGCCCACCACUGGAGUCUAGUAGAAAAAAAAAGUGCAUUGGAGACAUUCCUUCUCGAUAUGACUAUGCCAAAGCCUUGUACGUGUUAGAGUUUUGACAUUAAGGAGAUCUGAAAAGAUUCCUUUAGCCAUGGAAUUUCACGUUGUUGAGCGGAAAUCGGCUGAUUUCUCAAAAGAUGACGCUGUGGUAGCAGAUCGCGAUAGUUGUGUACAGUAUUUAUGGUUUGGAUUUUUAGCGCCUUCUUUUACAGCACUUAAUUUAUAGAAGAUGUAGCUUUCACUUACUUCUUGGUUUCUUUGAGUUGAAGAACACGGAGGCCUUGGAUUGACUGACAGAAUUAGAUACAUGGGCAGAUAAAGUAGGGGUUUAACGACACCAUCCACUCAUACACAGCACAGGGUUCAUCAUGCAGAUUUUUGUGGCUCCAUUAGUACAGAGGAACGUCAUCAGAAAGGGAGAGGCUCUGGAAUUAUCUUUUGUCCCCUCUUAUCUUAUCACAGAGCCCAAAAUUAACAUUGUAUCCAAACACAGUCACUCUCUUGACUCUUGCCUGUCAGCGUGCCAAAUGCUGAGAUUUGCUUGAAGGUGCAAUAUGUAAGAAUUGUCUGCCUUCAAUUCAUUCUCCCCACAUAUCACCGGAGCAAUUGCUAACUGCUGCUAAUUGCAUUAUUUUUCUACAUCCAUAACUGGAGCUACUGUUAGCUUGUUAGCUUGGUUAGCUUAGGAGCUUUGGGCCACUGGGAGAAAGAGGUUUCAGGCCCAUGGCUAGCUGGUAGCAUGCUAACUUCAGUUGAUAUCUCUUCAACACAAAACACAGACCUCUUUGGCAGAACGUCAGCACUGUUAUUUCUUCACAUUCUGUUGAUAAUUUUUAAACUGCAGUUCCUAUAUAUUUGCACCUAAUUUAGAGCUUUAAAAAUAGCUAACAUUAUUAACAAGUUGUGAAAAAAUUAUAGUAAUAAAGUCAUGUGAAAGACGUCGUAUAUAUUGCGUUGCAGAGAUGCUACUGAAGUUAGCAUGCUAACCAGCUAGCUGCGACCCCUCUUUUCUCAUAAUACCACUUUGUACCUCCAGCUCAGAAAGUCCCUGGCUUGGUUGGCAAUUAGUUAGCGGUUACUCCAGUGACAUACUGCCCCCUAUUUGUUUGGAGAUUAACAGAUGGCCAUUUCUUGCACAGUGCACCUUUUUAAUUUUUCAAUAAUCAUUCAGCUCCCCUCUGCAUAUUGUUGCAUUGCUGUUACAGAUGGUAUAUCACUAACAUGUACUGUUGCACCCUGAAUGCACAGACAUGGAUCGUGGUAUGAAUGAUUUGUCCAAGAGACAUGAUGCAUUGUGGGAGAAGACGGUACAAGAUGCAGAGUAGGUCAGAAGGACGAAUGCUGAGCACCUGCACGUGCCUUCGGAAAGGCUAAACGUUAAGCCAUUAAACACCAACACACACAUACACACAGUGAAAAGUCAGCUCUUCCUCAUCCUGCAGCAGAUGUCUAGCGAAGUGGACGGUGACUGUGACUUGUCCUUGCGCGCGCACACACACACACACACACACACACACGGACAUUAGCCUCAGGCUUUGGGGUUAAGCAGUGAUUGUCUUUGAUCCCUCCAAGCCUAGAAAACCUCAUCACACUUUGCCAGCCAUCUGGGCACUUCACCUUCACAAUUCCCCACUUCACAAACGUACACACAUUAGGGUAACUCUCCCACUGUGAGAGCGGCUAACACCUAAGAGGAUUGGCUGGUUGUUGUGAUAGCCACUAACUAGCUUGCAAGCUCUUAGCCUAAGUGUAAAAGCCUGUGUAUGUGUGUGGUCUCCACAAGUGGUCUUGUGAAAGAUGCAUAAAAAAGCAGCUUGUUUGUAAUUUUCUGACCACAACUUUGAUAAAAUUUCAGUUGGCUUGUGGUAGCCUGUGAAGUUACGGCAGAGGAAAUCUUGAGAAUUUUAGCUAACAUGACAGGACUCAUUUGACAAGGGGGGAAAAUUCACUUAUUCUGUUUCUUGACAGUUAGGUAAGAAAACUGAUACUCACUACUCAUUUGUGAACAGUUAAUAAUAACAGCCAGUAGCCAGUUAGCUUAGCUUAGCAUAACGACUGGAAACAGAGGGAAACAGCUAACCUGGCCCGGUUCAACAAAAAUAAAGCUCACAAAUUGACAUCUUGCAUGUUGCUCGUUUAUUUCAUACGAAAAACGACGUGUGAGAAUGCUCAGGAAGACAUUGCGCUAUGCUAGGCUAAGUGAGUUACAACACAUAAUCCCUGUAAAACUGCAACAUGUAAUUUUCACACCUUGUUUUUUUUUUUUUUUGUACUGACUUAAAUGAGAAUAAACAACCUAACUAGUGACUUACAUAGCUUGCCCCCUUUUCUCUGGUCUUAAGCUAUGCUAAGCUAAGCUAACCCACCGCUGGCCGUAGCUUCAUGAUUUAUAGACACGAGAGCGGUAGCAAUUCUCUCGACCAACUCUAAGCAAAAAGCAAAUAAGAUUAUAUCCCAAAAGGCGACUUUUUUUUUUUCCUUUAACACCCUCUGAUGGUAAAGUAGCAGAUGUAAAUGUUUUUUUAUGUGCUGUGUGAUUCACAACAACACUAAUGUUUGUGUUCUCAGUGCCAAGAGCUGCCAUGAUGGCUGUAAAGAUGCUGUAUAUCUAUGCUGGCUGUAGAGCAAUGGAGAGCUGUGAACAGUGUUAAGAGGAACAUCUGUGUGGUAACUCUGCUGGUACGAGCGCUUCUGAAACUGUGAGUUGGGCAUCAAAAAAAAGGCAAUUUCAUGAGUGUUUUAGUGCAUUUUCAAGCUCUGGGUGAAUCAUACUUUACAUCCACAAUUGAAAACAUUUUAGUUUGAUGGCUUUGAUUCACAGUCUUUUGAAAACUGCUAGCCUAGUGUCCGUAACUUUCAAUUCAGCUCACUCAAGACUGUAGAUUCUCUUUAAAAACCUGAAAAAACAUUUGCCUUAAGAAGAUAGUUUUCUGUUUCCCACGAUAGGCACAUGAGUAUAACAGGCUGAAUAAUCAUAUAUCAGCCGUUGCAUUUUAUUUUAUUUUUAUUUUAUUUUUUUACAAGCAUGCACACACACGCGUGAACACAUCUGAGAUAUGAAGUAGAUCUUAAGAGUUGAGAGAAUGUAGUAUGCUGUGUGCCAGUCAAAGGAACAGACAAAUUUACACUUUAAGUUUUCACCAUCACAUCAAACUCUCUUAUCAUCACUGAAACUCUCAGCAGCUUGUAAGUAAACCUCCUCAUGGCCGUACGUGAAAUGAGUCUUUAUCGUUGUAAAUAUUUGGUAUAUAUUGCCUUUUUUUUCUGUAAAUAGUGCACCCACGGUCCUCAAUUGUUGAUAUGAAUCUAAUGGCAUAUUUUUAUAUAUUUGUGUAAGGUUUGUUUUUUUUUGUUUGUACCUCCCCCUCCUCCUUCCCCUCUGGCAUGCGCUGUCAGUGAUGUUUAAAUUAUAACUGUUAUAAAUCUUUCCAAAAAUCUUUCCCGAAAGAUCGAGUUUUGAUGUUUUUCCACUGGUAGCUGCGUUACUCCCAGAACAUAGGUUUGCCUUGUAACAGACGUCUACAGCUCGUCAUCACUCUGUUGAUCUCUGGUCGACAUCUUGCAGUUGUCAUGGUUACAGUCUUAUCACGGUUACUUCCUGUACGUAGCUGUUCUUGUUUUUUUUGUCACUGUGGGUUCUUCUUUGUAAUUAAAUCAGUUCACUGGUGCCA